AUGGUUUCAAGAGAUCACUUUUCUAAACUCAGCUCUGAGAUAGUUGAUGAGCGCAUCCAUGCAGCCACUUCUUUAAUCAAAGAGUUGACAAAUGAGAAUAACCAGCAGGAAUGGGAAUACGCGCUCACUAGAUUGAUAAAGGGUUUAAUCACCACUCGUCAAACUGCUAAACUUGGUUUUAGUAUGGCACUAACCGAGGUCGUUAACCAGCUUGUCUCUCAAAAACAGUUGACCAUUGACCAGUAUUUGGACAGAUUAACUGAGGUAACUCAGGUCAAAAGCAAUAUGAAAGGUAAAGAGGAACGGGCUGUUUUGUUUGGUCGCUUGUUUGGCUUGCAGGUAUUACUCAACAGCAAGAUUAUUUUGCAAAGCAAAGAAGAGGAACUCCUGCGAUUCAUCAAUGUCCUUGUGGAAUUGUCAAAUACCAAAUCUUGGAUCCGUGAAGUGGCUACAGCUUCAUUAAUCCAAGUGAUUAGAAACCUCCCUGAGCGAUAUGCAGCUUCAUUGCUGUUGAUGAUUUUACAAAAAGUAAAUGACUUGGGGUUGAAUUUGUCCACUGAAGGGCUUGCCAUAUAUUUGAGCAUCGAUCCUUUGUUGAGAAGCGAUGUUGCUGCACAAAUAAAGAAUAGCAAGUCCAAUUGGAAAGAGGGCGAUCCUAUGCGAAAGGGCAACUUGCCUGUUCUUGCCAAAGUUUUGAAGGAUGUUGAAGUAAUUGUUGAAGAGACAGAUGGAAAGGAACUUGAUACGAAAAAGAAACAGCAAAAGAGCAGUUGGAGCUCAAGAUUACCUUUUGUAUGGGACUUGAUUGUUGAAAACUUUGCAAAUAAGCUUUCUGGAGAUGAAUAUACUGAAGAGCAUGAUGCUGAUAAUGAAAGAAAGAGAAAAAAGGUUGAGAAAAGCAACACAAAGAGUAAAAACAAGAGUAAAAGUAAAGGUAAAAGUGCAAGCAACGACAAAGCACAACCAGAGAUGAUUACUUUGAAAGAAUUUUAUAAAGUUGUCGUUGAUGAAACACUCUUUGCCGAAAAAUCGUCUCACGAGCGCAAAUACUGGGGCUUUGAGAUUUUCAUGAAAUUUAUGAACGCAUUAGAACUGAACCUGGAACUUAACCUGGAACUGAACCUGGAACUGGAAGCAGGACCAGGACUGGAUGUUGCGUUUUUGUUCACUCCAAACUUUAUGAGAUGUCUUAUCAACCAAUCAUCACAUAAGUCUAGAUUGUUACACGAGAGUGCCAAAAGAGCAUUACAAAGCAUUGUUCAAAACUGUAACAUAAAAUCCAGAGAUAUCGCAUCCACAGUUUUAAAAUGUCUUUUGGACGAGUCAAAGGGAGGUUGUUGGAAUUUUGAUUUGGUUACUAGGUCAAAUACUGUUGACCGUAUACUUGACAUACAAAACCAUAAUUUUCUUCCAACUCUUUUGGAGAAAUUUGAUAUUGCACUUAGGGAGCAAACAACAAUUCCAGAUGGAGACAAAUAUUCAAACGAUAAUGUGCUUAAAUGGUGUCUUGACAAAAUUGUUCAUUUAAUCAAGCGCAACCAGCAUGGAGAUGAUUUGGAAGAUGUUUUCACAAUGCUUGUAAAAUUGAGCUUUUUUGAAACAACCGCCUCUCCAAAUAUCCGCAAAUUGGCACAAGAGAAAUUGAAUGUCAUCUUGGCUGAAGUUGUUCUGAGAACUCAUGAUAAAGAGCUGUGGGCUUACUUUUGUUUUCAGCAAAUUGUUGCAUUGGACAAGAGCCACAAGUGCCUUGUUGAAUUUGAUGACGAGCUUUUGCAAGUGAGAGAUGAAACCAUCACACUAAUUCAAACCACGCAUGAUCUUGAAAAAGAAAGGGAAUCAAGUGCAGGCGGUACUUUGAAAAUGUUUGAGCUUUUGUUUUCCAUGUGCUUUCUUCAAUUGCAUCAAGAAGACGAAGAGAUUGUUCAAAUCAUCAACGAGUUGAAAUUAGUGUUUGAAAAACAAUUUGUUUUGGUAGCCGAAGUUGAACCAGAUAACGAGAUUGAUCCAGCUGUUGUUAUGACUGAGAUUUUGCUUAGUUUCAUUUCGCGUCAAGUGAAUUUGUUGAAAAGGCUUUCAAUGAUUAUUUGGGAAAACUAUUUGUGUGGUGAAGAUGCACAAGGGAAGUUGAGAAUCAAUGAUGCGUCUUUCCAGUUGUUGCUCGAUGUUUUGAUUGCAAAGGAAAAUAAAGAAGGACAAAAGCUUUUAUUUGAAAAUGAAAACGAGCACGUUGCAGAAGGCAGUGAUGAAGAGGAAAGUGAAGAUGACGAGGGAGAAGGCGAUUCAGAUCUGCUGAAGGAUGGUAAUGCCGAUGACGAGGAGGACGAUUCAGAAGAAGAAGAAGAAGAAGAUUCCGAAGACGAAAACAACGCAAACUCAACAAUGACUGAGCUAGACAAAGAGACAAAUUUGAAACUUGCCAAGGCUUUAGGUAUCCCUACGGCAGAGUCAGGAGAAGUAAAGUUUGAUGAGCUUUCAGACUCCGACUCAUCCAACGAUGAUUAUGAAAGUGACUCGAUGAAUGAUGACGAAAUGAUGGCAAUGGACGAUCAACUUUCAAAAAUCUUUAAAGAGAGGCAAGAUAUACUCAACAACGUUACAACUGGUAACAAGCGGAAAAUCGAAGUUAUGGAAGCGAAAAAGCUCAUGGUUUUCUUCAAAAACAGAGUGCUUGACCUUUUGGAAGUGUUUUGCAGAAAGAAUCCCAACUCACAAUACAAUCUCACAUUUAUUGAGCCAAUAAUUACCCUCAUGAAUUUAACAUUGGAUAAGAAUUUGGGUGUCAAAGCUCAUAAACUUUUGAAGAACAGAAUCAGUAAGACAAAAAUAAAUCCCGAUCAAGUCGAUGAUAUUGCGGAAUUCUCUCAAAAAAUCAUCAGCUUAAUUGAGAAAUUGCAGCUCCAAGCAAGCACAACCAAAUCAUCCAACCAGUCAGUGAUCUCAGGAAUUAAUCAAAGUUGUAUUAUCUUGUCCAAAAACCUUGUUGCCUUGGAUCCAAAUUAUAUCGAUGCAGUAGCAGAUAUUUACUCACAAUCGUUAAAGAAAUGGACUUUGGAUCCGGAAAGCAGAAUUCAGCCUUCUCUCUUCUUUGAUUUUGUUAACUGGAUCAGUAGUAAAAAGAAGAACAAACAGUAA